AUGAUACCCAACAACCAGAAGAAGAUGACAACCGAUGAUAUAGUACCUCCUGGCGGCGCGGAUGUCGAAUUGGCGCCCGUCCCAGCACCAGCCGAGGCCAAGCGGGAUGAUGAUCCAUACCUCGUCGCAUUUGACGAGCCCUUUGAUGCCGACAAUCCUAAGCACUGGCCGAAGGGUCGCAAAUGGGCUGUGACCGACGUACUCUCCGCGACCGGAUUCAACCGUAUCAUGGUUUCGACCAUCAUGGCGCCGGCCCUUCCGCUGAUCGCGUCUGAGUUGAGCAUGACCACAGUUGAGUCGGUUAUGGCACUGUCCAUCUACAUCCUUGCGACUGCAUUUGGCCCGCUGGUCAUUGGGCCGUUGUCCGAGAUCUACGGUAGGGAGAGGGUCCUGCAUGCAUCCAAUAUUUGGUUCCUGGUCUGGAACAUUGCUUGUGGCUUCACGAAUACUAAAGAGCUACUGAUUGCCUCUCGUUUCUUGGCUGGCUUUGGCGCCAGCUCAAUCUACGCCCUCGCAGGAGGCGUGCUUGGAGAUGUAUGGCGGCCUGAGGAGCGUGGCCGCUCACUGAGCAUCUAUCUUCUGAUCCCGCUGCUGGGCGCUGCUGUUGGACCAAUUAUUGGAGGAUUCAUGGCGGCUCGCACGACCUGGCGGUGGAUGUUCUGGUCUACGUCCAUCUUUCAGGCGGUUAUGAUAGCCGUCUCUUUCACCACGUUUCGGGAAACUUUCGCUCCCCUUAUCCUUAAGAGGAGAGCGCAGCGUCUGCGUCGGGAAACGGGAAACCAGCAAUACCGCACGGUGUAUGAGCGACUUGAAGAGGAGAAAUCAGUUGUCUCCAUCUUGGGGCGAGCUCUGACACGCCCCAUUCGCCUUCUAGCGUUCAACCAAAUAACGCAGCUGACUUCGGUGAUAUCGGGUUUCUACUAUGGUAUCCUCUACAUCGUGCUGUCUAGCUUUUCGGCACUUUGGACCGACCAAUACCACCAAUCCGUCGAGAUCAGCGGCCUGCAUUAUCUUGCGAUUGCUCUUGGAGAAAUCCUCGGAUCACAACUCGGAGGCCCAGUAAUGGACUGCCUCUUCAAGUAUAUGCUCAAACGCGCCGGCACUGAUGAGCAUAUGCCCGAGUAUCGUAUCCCUCUCGUGUUCCCUGCCGUGUUGUUGGGCACGCUGGGGUUGUUCGUAUACGGCUGGACGGCUCAGUACACUGUACACUGGAUCGUCGUCGACAUUGCCAUUUUUGUCAGCACUUUUGGUUUCCAGAUCAAAGGCAUGCCUUUACAGGCCUAUGUCAUUGACUCGUUCCCGGAGCACACGAGCAGCGCCAUGGCUGCAAAUCAAUUCUUGAGUAGCUUGACAGCUUUCCUGUUCCCUUUAUUUGUCCCCAGCAUGUAUAGUGCUCUAGGGUAUGGCUGGGGCAAUAGCACUUUGGCUUUUAUGAGCCUCGUUAUCGGGCUCCCGGCACCUCUGCUUAUUUGGCUAUAUGGCGCCAGGUUGAGAGCCAAGAUGAUUUCAACCUACUAA